GGGUUGAGCAUGUAGGCUUGCGUGAGUACAAACGUCAACCCCUUCGUGGCUUUAUGAAAGCCGAAAUCCUUAUGUGAGCAGAGCAGCUGUUUAAAACCCAGUUUGUUGCAGACGAGAACCGGGCUUGAACACGGUUUUGUCUCUUCACCGCAUUCAGGUCGGCUUGAGUUAUCCUUAAGCUUCAAUCUAUCUGUAUCCCCCUUCCUCGUGCGCACACCGCUUCAAAACACAAACCACGGGGACGAGCCAACGGACGUAACGUUAGCCGAGAAGGGAAGUGGAUCUGUCUUCUCUUUCAUCAGACAGAUGCUCCCAGCCGCCCAGCUUGACAGGAGUGAUGGGAUGUGUCAACUAGAUGAGGCAGCCCUAGACGAUGUAAGCAGACUGAAGGGUUUAUCUGCAGUGUUCACAUUGGAGCGAAGCAAAGGUGGCACAGAGGAAGAGCAGGAGGAAGACACAAGAAUGGGCGUGGGGAAGAAUACUACCUCCAAGUCAAUGGACAGCAACAGUGAGGGUGGAAAACUUGAAGAGGAGGGCAAGCAUGGCGCAGAUUUCUACCCUAUUCCGGUGAUAGUAAACGGCUUGGGCGGUGCCAGUGGAGACCAGGAUACUGAAAACACAGAGCUCAUGGCCAUCUACACUAAAGAUAAUCAAGGAGCAGAAAAGAGCUCAAUGUCUGAGACGUUGGACAGCACCGAUAGUAUGGACGCAAAGAGGAUGGACAUGAUCUAUACGAUUGAAGAUACCCCACCUUGGUACCUGUGUGUGUUCUUGGGCUUACAGCACUAUCUGACAUGUUUCAGUGGCACUAUUGCCGUGCCGUUCCUCCUUGCUGAGGCCAUGUGCGUCGGUUUUGAUCAGUGGGCCACCAGUCAGCUCAUUGGGACCAUCUUCUUCUGUGUGGGAAUCACCACUCUUCUACAGACCACACUGGGCUGCAGAUUGCCCUUGUUCCAGGCCAGCGCUUUUGCAUUCCUCGCACCAGCCAGAGCCAUCUUGUCACUGGACAAAUGGAAGUGUAAUACCACAGAAGUUCCAGUAUUCAACAGCACAGAACUCCUCAACACAGAGCACAUCUGGCACCCCAGGAUACGAGAGAUCCAAGGGGCUAUCAUUGUGUCGUCCCUGGUCGAGGUAUGUAUCGGAGCACUGGGUCUGCCCGGGAUCGUGCUGAAGUUCAUCGGACCUCUGACCAUCACCCCCACCGUAACCCUUAUCGGCCUGUCUGGUUUCCAGGCUGCGGGGGAGAGAGCUGGAAAACACUGGGGUAUUGCUAUGUUGACUAUCUUCUUGGUGCUGCUCUUCUCUCAAUAUGCCAGAAACGUUCACUUCCCUCUCCCGGUCUACAAAGCCAAGAAAGGCUGGACUUCCUACAGGCUGCAAGUCUUCAAAAUGUUUCCUAUCAUCAUGGCCAUCCUGGUGUCAUGGCUGCUGUGUUUCAUUUUCACUGUGACUGAUGUUUUCCCGCCGGAGGUAGACAAGUAUGGCUACUACGCCCGCACAGACGCACGUAAAGGAAUCCUUGCAGCUGCACCGUGGUUUAAGAUUCCAUAUCCCUUCCAGUGGGGCUUUCCUACUGUAACAGCUGCAGGUGUGAUCGGCAUGAUGAGUGCAGUGGUGGCCAGCAUCAUCGAAUCCAUUGGAGAUUACUACGCCUGUGCACGUCUCUCUUGUGCUCCUCCACCUCCCAUUCACGCCAUUAAUAGGGGGAUAUUUGUAGAGGGUAUUUCCUGUGUGCUGGAUGGUCUUUUUGGGACAGGAAAUGGCUCUACAUCCUCCAGUCCAAAUAUAGGCGUCCUGGGAAUUACAAAGGUGGGCAGCAGACGUGUUAUUCAGUACGGAGCCGCCAUGAUGCUGCUGUUGGGGCUUGUGGGUAAAUUCAGUGCCCUGUUUGCCUCUCUGCCUGACCCUGUCCUGGGAGCGCUGUUCUGCACCCUGUUUGGCAUGAUCACAGCGGUGGGACUUUCCAACCUGCAGUUUGUUGACCUCAACUCCUCCAGGAACCUCUUUGUUCUGGGUUUCUCUAUCUUCUUCGGUCUGAUGCUGCCGAGCUACCUUAAACAGAAUCCGCUGGUCACCGGCAUAGUUGGGAUUGACCAAGUGUUGAACGUGCUCCUCACCACUGCCAUGUUUGUCGGAGGCUCUGUCGCCUUCAUUUUAGACAAUACUAUCCCUGGCACCCCUGAAGAACGAGGCAUCGGGAAGCUGAAACGUGGCGCCGGCCUCAGUGUAGCCGAACUGGAAGGGAUGAGAUCGUAUGAUCUGCCGUUUGGAAUGGACUUUAUCCGUAAAUACCCCAUCUUCAAGUACAUCCCUAUCAGCCCCACUUUUCAAGGCUACCAGUGGGGGAGAAUACGGGAAGCCUGCAAGCGCAGAAAAGGACAUGGGGAUUCGGCGAAAGGGGGAGGAGUGGGAGGGGAGGGAGGCACAGCACUAGGGGAGAGUCGGGUAUAGCAAACGGGCUGAUGCAACAAAAUCUUAAAUGUUGCUGGAAUGUGGGGAACAAGGGAUGGUACACUAAAAGGAUGGGAGAGUGGAGGACAGAAGCAGUGGAUGAUUCGGGAUUGUGUGGAAGAAAAGGGGAUGCACCAACCCCCUCGUCAGUAUGCGAUUUAUUUUUAAUUUUUUUGCUUUAGUCAGUCUUUUCCCACUUCCCACUAUGCUAUUUUAGGCAUGCUAUUGCAAGUCACAGCAUGCUAUAAAAUAUGUUGCCAUGCAGAGGUUACUUGGUGUGUGUCCAUGUGGGUAUGCAACAAGAGAAUUAACAGGUUUGUGCAAACAUUUAUUUGCACUUUAAUCCAGAAAGAGACAGGUGGACAUUAAACAAUCAAAGCUAACUGCCCAAUUCUAUAAAACAUAUUCUGCACAGUAGAUUUGAUUUUAUUAAUUGAGGAUUAUGCAAAUUCUGUUAGAAUUUCCUCUAAACUCGUUAUGCAACCACAUUAGAGGCACACAUAUGCUCACACACCAACAGCCUUACCAAAACUAGCUGGAGCGCUACAACGCACGUCUGGAUCAUGCAGAUUGAUGGACGUGGUUUGUCAGGUUCCCUUACCCAUGCAAAGUGAUUGUGAAAAUUUAUUUUUGCACUGCGUACAUGCCUACUGAGUUCAAAGGCAGAAUGUCUUUCUGCAGCUCGCACCCCCAUUUCUUCAGUAAAACUCCACCGAGACCUGUUUAGCAGCACAUCACAUCCACUCAUCACACGCUAAAGAAACUCACAUCCCCCAUUUUUUCAUUUUUUUGUUUCCAUGUAGUAGAGUGCUAAUAUUCACAAGAUCUCAAAUUUAACCCAGUUUACAUGUCUUUAAUGUGUCAGUAUUAUGCAUCAGUUACUAACAGGACAUUUCCUAAACACACCCCUGUCUCAUGUGGCUGUCAAAUGGAACUUGACUUGUUUUUCUUAAUUGUGGAACUAGAUUAAAGUUUUAACCUUUUUUUUUUUAAACAUGCUUAUUUUACUUCUAACACACAAACGCACUUCUAAAACGAAAACCGCUUUAAUUAACAAUACGCCGUGAUGUUGACAGCCGUGCAUCUGCAAAAGCCACAUUAAUGGUAAUAGUACAUACAUACUAAAACAAAGGAGGAUAAAAUGUUCUUCAUCCAGUGAAUUCAGAUACCUCUGAUCCUCUGUGUGCAUCUUCUCUCCCAGGAUGCUUUUAGCAGUAAUGUGUGUUAAUGUAGGACCAACACAUACAUAAUCCACCCCGGCCACUAUCCAAACCCACUUGGUAUUUCCAUCACUGUGUCCCUUACAUAACUGUACUGAAAGUAAAGCUGGUGGUUUGUUUGGAUAUGGAUUGUUUAGAUGUUAUAAUAGGGGUUUGAGAGAGUGUAAAUGUCAUAUUUAUACAAUUUUGUUCUUUGGGUCGACUCUCGGGAUGCAGUCGUCAUUGAAAAUGUUCUUAUUUAAUGAUGACUAAUUCCCUAACAUUCCUCCUCCUCACAUCCUCGGUCACCCAUACGCCUCCCACUCUAAUGCCACUUUAAUUAACUGCUGUUUGUCUAGUAACUGUUCAUAUCUGUUGUAGAUCAUGCUGUGGCGGCAGAUUUAGCUGAGUAACUGAAUAUUUCGGAGCAUCAGCAGCCUGUAGUUUAUUUACCCAGGUGUGACCCUGCAGCGAGUAUCUAACUUGACCACAAUGUGUGCCUCUUGUUUUUUAAUGGAAAACAGCCAUUUAAAAAAACACCAUAAAAGAGUUUGGAGAAUUAUAAUCUUAGUAAAUGUCAAAAUAAAAAGUAGCACAAUGAGAAAGAUAACUGCUAAAACAAAACUACUAAAUUUGUUGCCCAGCUGAGAUUUUUACUAAACCAAAAUGUAAAAAGCUCUUUAUUUAUAUUUACUCCUUAUUGAUCUCUUACCACAUACCAAAAUUUUUCUUAAAGCACUGGCAUUUGUCGCUAUUAGGAAAUUUGUUUGAAAUCUCAUCCUGAAUUUCCUUGCUUUUUAUCUGUUUUGGUAAAGCUAUUUAUUUAUUUAUGAUCAGAGGGUCGAUGUUAAAUGAUUGCUUGAAGCAGGUGUCUCUUGAACAAUGUGGUUCGUAUAUUUAUUAGUUUACUUGUUCAUGCCCUGUAAUGAGCAGAAUGAUGAUAUUGGACCGCCCUCUACUACAGUGGGUUUAGAAACUCACCUGGGGGCAGAAGCUUUUUCUAAAGAUGGUUUCUAAUGUGAGCUGCUUCUAUUUCAUUCCUUUUGUAUCAUGAUGUUUUA